AUGGCGGUAAGGGAGGUGCUCGAUGCGGUCGAGCGGAGGAAGAGGAGCGAGAAGAAGCUAUCUUUGAUGGCCAGAACGAUUCUAUUAAUCUUGGCAGAAAUUCUCGUGAAUGCUUUGCUCUGGAUUAUUACCGCAAUCGUUUUCUUGAAAGGACCGGGAGAUGGACAUCGCAUUCUCGGCCUGGCUUUAGUUGCCUGGACUACUGGCUUGCGACAUGGCUUAGAUGCUGAUCACAUUUCAGCCAUCGAUAACGCCAUUCGUCGAAUCGUAUCAGUUCCACAAAUGCUCACUAUCUCGAGCCCGAACGGAGACAAUGAACAGAUCUCAUGUAUGCGUAGGCCUGUUACCGUUGGUCUGUUCUUCAGCCUUGGUCAUUCGACAAUCGUUUUUGCAGCAACGGUAGCCAUUGCAAUUUCCGCUGGAGUAGCAAACAAUUUUGAUGGUUUUGGAAAUGUUGGUGGAAUUAUUGGUGCUUCGAUCUCGGGCUCAUUUUUGAUCUUGAUCGGUUGUAUCAAUGCUGUCAUCUUGUACAAGACUGUACGUAGGCUACAGGUUGCCAAAAAGAAAGCCAAGGAUGAAGAAGUCAACCCAGGAGAAGAGAAUCACCGCUUCAACGGUAUCAUCACAAGAGUAGCCAUGCCAAUCUUGCGUAGCGUGGAUCGACCUUGGAAAAUGUAUCCGGUGGGGGUUCUAUUUGGACUAGGGUUUGAUACAGCAAGUUCGAUAGCAUUACUCAGUGUGGCUGUGAUUGCGCAGCAACAACAAAGGAAGAAUGCAGGAACCGAAGAUAGCUCUAAUGAUGCGAGUGUAAUCUUACUCGCUUUGCUAUUCACUGCAGGAAUGACGCUGGUCGAUUCGGCGGACAGCUGUUUGAUGAUUUGGGCAUACGCUCCAGAUCUUCCAAAGAAGUCAGGAUGGCGAGAAAGAUUAGCGAUUUGGAGAGAUAAGAAAGAGAUACAGUCAAAUGGAGCACUGCAAGAUACCGUCAACAUUCACAAGGAUGAUGAUAAAAAAGAGCAGCCCAAUGAAACGCCUCCAGACGAAAAGCGAGAGAAUGAAGAACCAGAAAAGGUGACGAACGAGCUUAAUCGAGUGUCACUAGACGCUUCUGCAUCAAGAAUUUCACUAGUUCUGACUCUGCUUUCAAUUCUUGUUGCUUUUGCAAUUGGCUUGAUCGUUUUGAUGGGAUUGAUCGGAGAACAGUGUUCCCAAUGCACACGUGCUGCUGAUGAACAAGAAGAGACGGGUAACGGUGGCUUAGCGGGAAGGUGGUGGUUGGCAUGGAGAACAGCAAACGAUAAUAGUGGAUACGUUGGCGCGGGCAUUGUUGGUACCUUUGCCGUAUCUGUCAUACUGUGGUAUUUUAUCAGGUACACAGUACGCAAACUGAAAUCGAAGAAGGCGUCUCUCUAA